GCUCAUUGCCACAGCAGAGUCCAACGCAGGUACUGUCACAAGGGCAUGAGAGAAAAUCAGACACGGGUCACAGAAUUCAUUCUCCUGGGAUUUCCCCUUGGCCCAAAGAUUCAGAUGCUCCUCUUUGGGCUCUUCUCCCUGUUCUACAUCUUCACCCUGCUGGGGAAUGGGGCCAUCCUGGGGCUCAUCUGGCUGGACUCCAGACUGCACACCACCAUGUACUUCUUCCUCUCACACCUGGCCAUCGUAGAUAUUUCGUAUGCUUCCAACAAUGUCCCUAAGAUGCUGGCAAAUCUUCUGAACAAGAGAAAAACAAUCUCCUUUGUCCCAUGCAUCAUGCAGACCUUUUUAUACAUGGCUUUUGCUCACACUGAGUGUCUCAUCUUGGUAAUGAUGUCCUAUGAUCGGUAUGUGGCUAUCUGCUACCCUCUGCAAUAUUCUGUCAUCAUGAGAUGGAGAGUGUGCACAGUCCUGGCUGUCACUUCCUGGGCAUGUGGCUCCCUUCUGGCCCUGGUCCAUGUGGUUCUCAUCCUGAGGCUACCUUUUUGUGGGCCUCAUGAAAUCAACCACUUCUUCUGUGAAAUCCUGUCUGUCCUCAGGUUGGCCUGUGCUGACACCUGGCUCAACCAGGUGGUCAUCUUUUCUGCUUCUGUGUUCAUCCUGGUGGGGCCGCUCUGCCUGGUGCUGGUCUCCUACUCACGCAUCCUGGCGGCCAUCCUGAGGAUCCAGUCUGGGGAGGGCCGCAGAAAGGCCUUCUCCACCUGCUCCUCCCACCUCUGCGUGGUGGGGCUCUUCUUUGGCAGUGCCAUCGUCAUGUACAUGGCCCCCAAGUCCCACCAUCCUGAGGAGCAGCAGAAGGUCCUUUCCCUGUUUUACAGCCUUUUCAACCCGAUGCUGAACCCUCUGAUCUACAGCCUGAGGAACACAGAUGUCAAGGGUGCCCUGAAAAGAGUGUUGUGGAAACAGAGAUCAAGGUGAGGGAUGCCAGGGAAAGUCUAGAGGGUUGAAGAUUUGCUCCAAAUGAGAUUGGUAAGAAUGAUUAUGUAAAUGCCUUACAGUCUCAUCUCUUAGAUUUAUGCAGAUCACAAAGCACAUGCAGAAGGGUGCAGAGCCCACAGGCCACGAAGAGAAGAGUUGUGUGGUGCAUCACAGGAGCAAAGCACCAGCUCACAGCUGCCAGCUCAGAGCCCUACCCAGGAUCUGCUUUCUGUUCUUUUGAGACUUAGUUCUCUCAGAUUUCCUCUUAAAUUCCUCUAUUGUUUCCAACUCUUUUUGCCGUAACUAUAUACUGAUAAUCCCAUGCCAUAUGCUACUAUAAGAGUGCACUUGUAACAACACAAAAUAAUUACUGACCUUGGUUAAGCAGCCCUCUACUAGGAAUGUAACAAGAACUAAAGUAGAGCCAAUGCCUGCUCUGGAACCUAAAGCCUAAGGAUGAUGACAUUAGUACUGGAAGUUCAUCUAAGUCACCCCAACAAAUCCAUUUCCGUAAAAAGCAAAGUUCAAUUGUAUAGAUUUUUUUUUGUAUAAAAGAGAAAUAUCAGGAUCUUUGUUUCAUUUCACUUAAUUCUAGACCAUUUAAUUAGAAAGAGCUUGGAAAUAUUUUGCAUUUAGAAUAAAUAUGAGAGAAAGUUGUUCAGGGUAGUUACCUUUCUCAGAAUUCACAUUGCAAAGCCGAGUGUAGGUGACAAUUUAUCUUUAUGGUAAUUACAUACAGUAUUGUAGGAGUAAGAAAAUACCACGAAGGAAGAAAGCAUCAAGGGAAACUGACAGCUUGAUGUAACAUCAUAAAUCACCACUUAGAACCAAGAACAUGACGGGUCCUGAUAAGGAUAUUUAGGACCCUCAACAAAAUUUUGAAAAGAAGCUACUCCGGGUGAUAUAAAUCACAUUUCCUGGACCCAAGUGGUCAGAAUGACAUGGACAAAUAAUUUGUUUUAUUUUAAUACAAGUCUGAGUCCUAAAUGAUCAGCAUAGUAUAAUAAUGAUUUUUUUUAACACGUUGUGUAUGGUACCUAUUGGAAUUCUCUCUUUUUUCUCCUAACCCUUGUAGUAUUGUAGGCAUUCAACUGUAUGGCAUGUGAUGAUAUUACAUUAUCUGCUGCCUGUAGCUUUUCUAUUUUUACAAUUUUAAAAAUAUAUUCUUAUCACUCUGUUUCUUCUUCCAUGAAAGAAAGGAGCAAGGGGGAAAUUCUUUGCUCCUACUCUCUCUCCGAAUGCACUAUUUUCUUUUAAGUUCUCAAAAAGCCUAGUUGCUAACUACUCUGCUUAUCCAUUCAUCUCAGUUAAACAUCCUGCUUCUGGUGAUUGUCUUUGUUUGCAUAUCACCAUGCUUUGAGGAUAUUUUUUAGCCAGCAGAAAUUCACAAACCUUGCUCUGCUCCUUUCAAUGGAGAGAAAUUUGAAUAAAAAAAUAAAUACUGGAUCUAAAUUUAACUAUCAACCACUAUGGAAUUAUUGUGUACGGUACUCUAAAGCUAGUAAGAGAAAACAGGCAAUAUUUUCACAUAAAAAAGACUUUCUAACUAUAUCUGGAAUGAUUAUUACUUCCCUCAAAAUAUGUAUACUUCAUAUUCUGCUUAAAACCUUUAAAAGAAAAUGGAAACAGGAAAUAUAUAGGAUAAUUAUUCUUGUAUAAAACAUAAGCCAUAAAUUUGGAUUCAGAAUUUUUUACCUAGAGUACAGUAGAAAAAUCAGGGGACAGAAUUCAUCCGAUGUCAGUUCUAAAUGAUUGGGAAAGAAUAGGCCAAAAAGACCACACUUCUACAGAAAGUGACAAAUGUAAGAUGAAUUAUAAAGAAAUGUUCUCUAGCCGGUCUGAAUAGUGGCUCUGAUUUUAUAUGUGUCACACACACACACACACACACAGACACACACAUACACACACAUAUAUAUAACAUUACAGAAAAAAUAUCUGAGUAUAUGAGAAAUUACUAUUAAUCGUUUUCAUAUAUGAGUUCUAGGAUUUUAACAAAGUAAUUAUAUUUUAGUGUUAUGACCUCAUUACAUAUACAUAUUUUCAACAUUAAUCAGUUUUCAAAGGGCUGGGGGAAAGUGAAAGAAAGAUGCGUUGCUUUAGGUUGCAAGUCCUACUGAGUGCUUCACAAAUGUUACCUGAUUUAUCUGACAUAAACAUCACAAUGGAGUCACUAUUAUUUUCUCUGUUAAUAGAUAAGUAAACAAAGUUCAGAAUGAUUUAAUAACUUGUCCUAUACUACGCAACCAGCAAUAGAACUGAGUGUUAUGGAUUGUAUUGAUUGCAAACCCAAACUGCUUCUUAUCAUUUUUCUACCUAAAACAUUACAAAUUUUAGCUCAAAAGGGGUUAGACUCAACAUCCACAUGAUGGGGCAGAGUCUGGAAGAAAACAGAGUUUACAGUGUUAUAGUCAAAGUCUUAACACCAGAAAGAAUACAUCCUGUAGCCAACUCAUCUUUGGAGGAUUCAUUAUCACCUUUGGGAAGAGUAAAAAUUCUCACAUUAGCGGCAUAAUUAUUUUCCAAUAGUAACUCCCUCCUAAUUCCUGUCUGCAAAAUCACAUGGCCUCAUAAGGCAUUGCCUCAAAGGGACAAUCUGAAUGAGAGACAUCCUGCUGUUCUCAGUAUCUCAUCUUACCUAUGAUUGUGGUCUUCUGUCUAUCAAGUGUACCCAUCUGUGUUCCUUCCCUUCAUGAUGUGAUGAGUGCUUUUCCAGGAAGUAUCACUAUCUCUCCUGUGUACUGAUCUGUGAUGGACCUACCUUACCAGUGCUCUAGGCUGCUAGGACUGAGAAAGGGGGAACCCAGCACAGGAGCAAGCUGAGAUGCUUGUUCUGUGAGAUUCACAUCUCAGUUGUGCCACCACUUGCUAAAUAGGUCUGCUUCUAGGAAUAAUAUGGCCACCUCAAUCCUGAGUUUUAUUUUAGGUCAGAUGUGGCUAACAAUGUUUCAGCUAGGUACGUUAUAUGAUUUUUGUGAAUGCUAAAUGAAAUAAUUUAUGUCACUCUGAUUUGAAGAGAUGUAUUUUUGUGAGGAGAUAUAAGGACAAUGAAAAUGAUCACAUAGUAAAACUAAGAGCUGGUAAAAUUCAUGACCAAACAACUACAAAACUACAAAAUUCAAUUUUAUUUUAAUGAUUCACAAAUUACUGUAUUUACUGACCAAUGGAAACUUCUCAAAAAAUCUCAGCUAUUUGCAUUUGCAAGUUUCUGUGCCUGUUUUUGUUUUUAUUUGGUCAGUGAUAUUGGGGAAGAUCUCCACCAAAGGAGGUUGAAGGUUAGUGUACAGGAGGUUGGGUAAUAAAUAGUGUUCAUUGUUCCUGCUAGUAGACAAAAUUGUAAGAAGAAUCCUACAUAAAAUUUUACAUUCACUAUAUAGCUUCAAUUCCAAAAGGAUUCUUAAGACAGCAUCUAGAUAAGAAAUAAUUAGUCCAUAGCUUUGUUACAUUCACUCUCCCACCCACACACUAAGAAUUCUCAUCUGCUAUGUACCUAGAAGAGCUCCUCUAAGAAAUCUCAGGCUCUGUAUGUAGAGAUAGAAACUCACCCUGGUGACACCUUGUUAGUUGGCUGAAAUUUUGGCACUCACAGUAGCCAACUUCUUAUAUUGGUCCCUGGCCUUACUAUUGUCCUGAAUGCUAAUGAUAUUAGGAAAGAAGUGAACAAAUAAAUGAGUUAACAGCCAUAAAUAAUUUUCAAAAUGACUGCCUUUUCAUAGCCUGGAGAAAAGGAGGAAAAAUGCAGACAGGAUAGUUGUCUUCAUAUUUCCCUCAGAGAAUCUUGCAGGAGGCAAACAUAGUUGUUUAUUGCCUUCCCCAAAGUGGAGAAAAAUAUCCUAGAAUCAAAAAGUAGGUUUAUAUAAAAGUGAAAUUAAAAUCAAUAGGAGAAAGUAGUUUUGAACACGGUAAGUCAUGGAACAAUGAGGCCUUGUGAGUCGGUGUGCAGCCUUACUAGAGAGAGAAACAUAAAGGUUGAGUAAAACAUAAAUACGUUCAACAGGCAUUUGCAAUAGAGUCUUUCCAAUGUCUCUUCAAUGUUGAAAAUUUAAGAUUUCAUAAUAAAUUUUUCAUUAUAUUUUUUUAAUGAGGGAAGGAGUUUAACCUAAUUUUAAACAAAUUUGUAAUAAUUUUAAUAUUUUUAAAUGGUAACUCUAAGAUAAUCUUUUGUCUGUGUCAAAAUCCUAUCUUGUUCUUCUGAGGAUUCAGCAGAGUUAUCAAAAGAAUAUAUGCAAGUAGAAAAAAUUGUUGUACAAGCUUCAUACUUGUAGUUCUCUCCCUUUUUGAAUAUACUUUAAGCUCUGGGGUACAUGUGCAGAAUGUGCAGGUGUGUUACAUAUGUGCCAUGGUGGUUUGCUACAUCCAUCCCCCUGCCAUCAAUGUUAGGUAUUUCUCCUAAUGUUAGCCUUCCCCAAUCCCCUCACCUGACCUGCUAACCCUCCCCUACACCCCCACUUCCCUAUAGGCCCCGGUGUAUGAUGUUCCCAUCCCUGUGACCAUGUGUUCUCAUUGUUCAAUACCCACUUAUGAGUGAGAACAUGCGGUGUUUGGUUUUCUGUUCUUGUGUCAGUUUGCUGAGGAUGAUGAUUUCCAGCUUCAUUCAUGUCCCUGCAAAGGACAUGAACUCAUCUUUUUUUAUAGCUUCAUAGUAUUCCAUGGUGUAUAUGUGCCACAUUUCUUUAUCCAGUCUAUCAUUGAUGGGCAUUUGGAUUGGUUCCAAGUCUUUGCUAUUGUAAACAGUG